GCCAGAGGACCAGAACACAGGGCCAGCCAUUUCCCUGCUUACACCUGAGGGCAGUGUGAUAAAGGAGAAUCUGCCUGCAGUUGCAGUCCAACCAGAUAAAACUUUAGGCGGGAAGUCAAGUGACAAGUGAACUUCAGUGUGGGUGGUGGUGGUGGUGGUGGUGUGUGUGUUUAAGUGUUAGUUGUUUUUGAUAUUUUUUAAAAAGCUUUUAGGCUGCUUGUGGAAGUCAGAGCAAAUACCAGGAAGGUAUUGCAGCAAGAUGGACUUAGGAAAGGACCAAUCUCAUCCAAAGCUACAGCAGACAUCGGACACUCAUCCAAUAAAGGCCUCUGCACCAGGUAAUGAAAGAGAUGAAAUCAUUGGAACUUGGAGUUUGCGAAACAGAGAGCAACUCAGGAAAAGAAAAGCUGAAGCACAAGAGAAACAGACCUCACAAUGGCUCCUAGGAGAAGAGAAAAAACGCAAAAGGCAGAGAACAGGCCGAAAGAAAGAAGGAAAUGCAGAACCGAAGGUGAAGCCUCGGUCACAAACAGCAAAGCAAGUGAUGGAGAAAGAACUGGUACGCACGGGAAAAGAAAUGGAGCCACCUAGGGAUGUAACUGAAGCUCUUCCUUCCAUAGCCUUCCCCCAACAUUCUUCUGACAUACACCAAGAAAGCAUUGCCCAUCAGGAAAAUUCUUCUGAGUACCAAGAAAUAGUGGUUCAAAGCCAUUACUCUGAAACAUGCCAACACCUGGCUGAACCAGAAGAUCCUUCUCCUAAAAUAUGCCUAGAAGUAGCUGUACACCAAGAUGAUCCUUCUGAAAUGUGCCAGGAUGCAUCUGAAGCUCAAGACCAUUCUUCCAAAGUAUGCCAAGAUAUAGCUCAACCUGAAGUUCUCUCUCCUAAAAUAAGCCAGGAAAUGGCUGUACUUCAAGUUCAUCCUUUGAAAAUGUGCCAAGAUAUGGUUGAAUCGGAAGUCUCCUCAACUAAAGUGUGCCAAGAAGUGGCUGUUCCCAAAGCCCUUCCCUCUACAUCUGAAGAUGUAGCUGACCUAGCAGGAUGUCCUCCCGAAGCACCUCCCAAACUGGAGGAGCCUAAGGGCUAUGCUAUUGACACAACUCAACCAACAGCUGGACCAGAGGAACUCAGUUCUGAACCAGAUCAAGGAAUAACUGAGACCAAAUUAGUAGCUGUGCCUAAAAACCAUUCUAUGAAAACAUAUCAAGAAAUAGUUGAACCAGAAUACUUUUCUCAUGAGACAUAUGAAGAAACACCUGAGCAUGAAGACUAUUCACCUGAAAUAUACCAAGGGCCUGAAGAUCUCUCUACUAAGAAGAGAGAUGUACCUAAAGAAUGCCUUCUAGAACCAUACCAAGAAGAGGGUGGGUCCCAAGGCCAGGAACCUACAGCACAAGAGGAAGAUGCUAAGAAAGUUUACACUUUUCCUCCAGAAGUGAAGGAAAAAGCCAAAGUGGAAGAACCAGAAAUAUCAGCAAUUCCACAUUCCCCUCAAGAGAUUCGACAAGAAAAUGACGUCUACAGUUAUGUUUUGUUUUAGCAAUGCUCAAUCAUAAAGUUGUAGACCAAC